CGGCCAACCUAGGGUUUAUUUAUUAAUAUUUGUAUUUCCCUGUUUAUUUUAAUGUAGCUAUACUAACCUAACUAACCAUCCAAAGGGUUUUAAAGUGUUUUAAUGUAGCUAACCUAUCCGACCACUUUUAAUAUUUCAAUUCAUUUUUCCUGCGCAAAAAUAAAUAAAUCCCGAGGUUGGCCGAAGGUGAAUAUUCGGGUGUAAUCGGGAAUGGCAGAACUUAAUGUGGAUCUUAGGACUCUCACGUGAACGAAUACAUGUAAAAAGAAACUUACGUGAGUUUAUUCUGUUCAUCCUUUGUCCCGGUUUGUUAGGUCAGGUCAGCUACAUUAUAAAUACUUAAAACUAUACAACAUGUAAAAUAAAUUGAUAUUAUUUUUAAUUUCCGUUUAUUUUGAAGUAUUUAUAAUGUAACUAACCUUACCUAAUGAAAAAUUUCUGUUAUUUAGACAUUCAGGCGCACACGGCAAAAAUAUGAAAUGGCAACGGUCAAAUUAUUACACACGUCUGGUAUAGCCGCAUGAGUGCACAUGAUGAAAAUUAAAAAAUUCGAUAUCUCCAAAAGUAUUUGGAAUUUCUUAUCUCAGCCGGGUUUAAUGAAAAGAGGAAGUUUAAGAGCACAGAAUGAAGAACCGUGGAGCGAUGGACGAGGACCUGUCCGGUCUGGAUUCGCCCAUGCUGGCGAGCCCCGCGGAGCUCCCCGCGACGGCGGGGGUGUUCCCUGGGACAGUGCGCCUGCCCCAGCACUCGCCCGGGGUCCCGGGCGGGGCCGGCGGGCUCCCCGCGCCGCCGGGCCAGUCCAAGUACGCCCAGCUGCUCGCCGUCAUCGAGGAGAUGGGCAAGGACAUCCGGCCCACGUACGCCGGCAGCAAGAGCUCGGCGGAGCGGCUGAAGCGGUGCAUCGUGCACGCGCGCAUCCUGGUGCGCGAGUGCCUCGUCGAGACGGAGCGCAGCGCGAGGCAAUGACCCAAGGGGCCCGGCGACGCUUCCUUCGACCAGGUCCUCCGCGGCCUGCUGGAGGACUGCGCGGGCAGGAAGUGACGUCUCGCUCCGCCGACCAUCGCAGGCCAAAUAAUUAGUCGGUGUCGUUAAGCCGAGGGUAGUUCUCCGGGUAGUCACCACAUCCGCGGUCAGUCCUAUUUGGACGUAGUUAUGCGAAAAGGAACCAACCCACAUGGAACCUAUUCUGAGUAUUUUGAAGUUAAAGUUAAUUAUAAAUUGUAAUUCUCGUAUUGAUAACAUAGUGUGGGUAUAUAAUUUUAAUGGUGUAGUAUAAAUACUGAUAUAAUAAUAGCGACGACUGUACGAUCAACCUUGUACUAUUUUAAUUUUAUUUUCAAAUAAAAUAUGCAAAAUUGUGGGUUGGUUCUUUUUUGCAUAACUACGUCCAUUUAUACGUUGAACCUCGCGUCUUAGCGUUUACGUUUCGGGUGGAAUCGGGUUGCCAAAGGUAUACAGUCUGUUCCGUAUUAAUAGGAUAAGUUUCGUGAUGCUGUAGUUAUGUUUGUAGUGAUCAGUAGGUUAGUUUCUUUAACCAUCGAAAAGUCUUCAUAAACCGAUGUAUGACUGGAUUACUAAACAGUGAUUGAAUUAUCAGUACAAAUGUUUAGUUAUGAAAUCAAUGUGUAAUGUAAUUUCAGUGCAAAAUUAUAGUUGUGUCCCGAUCUGUACACGCUAGCUCAUACUCAAUUACCUUCUAUGUCACAGUGUGAACUUCUCGCUGUUACAACUCAAAGGUGCCUGCUCUCAUUCCACUUUAGAAUAUUGAUAAAAGUAUGUAAUAAAUACAAGAUAUCUAAAACAUAUUGACUCUUACAAUGAGAACUACAUAACUGACAGCUUGAAAUGGCUUUUGAUUAUAAUAUUUAAACAUCUGGUACUCUGUUAAAAAAAAAAUUUAUUUCGAAGGUUGGGUGAGAAAAUAUCACAAUGUAAAUAUUUCACAGUGUUCUGAAAGAUGUUUUAGCACUGGUUACACAGUAAUACACAACUGCAAAAGACUGUUUUUUCACCUGAAUUUUUCAGAGGGCACAACUAAGGAUAAAAGUUUCAUUUCGUCCGAAAGUGAGCCAGAGUGUACAAAAGGGAGGGAGAAUGCAGAAAGAGUGAGGACUCUCUUCGAUUGGGACACUGGUUUUUAACAUGUGACUCACUGUACUUUAAAGACAACAAUCAGUAUUUAUUAGUUUAUAAAAAAAAAAUUUAAGGUCUACUAUGUGCAUAACUUUCAUUCAAAGUCUUUUUAAGGAAAAAUUAUUUACAGCAUAGCCUUUUUAUUUAAUAUAUACUAUGUAUGUUUAAAAGGUAUUUGCUGAUUUUUAAAUUUCAAAUCUGUGCUGUAAUGUAAACUGUAGCGCUGUACAAAUGUUGGACCGAGAAAUGUUUCAGCUCAUUAAUGCUUGCUCAGUUUUCGUUUAAUAUUGCGUUUGUACCUAUUUCUUCCAAAUUCUUGUUAUCUCCCAUAAUGAAGUAUUUUGACUAACAUUCUGUCAGUUUUGGUCCUUAUUUUAUUUGUAGAUUUUUCUGAGCACUCAACAAAGCUAAUGUGAAGAAAAAAAUGCUGUAGUGGUGUAAUGUUUGACAAGUGUAACGUUGAGAUAGGUCUUAAUUCCCACUGCACAUAGCAGAAGGUGAUCAUCUCCAAAAUGUGUACACACAUUUUGGUGUUGACUGCCUAGUAUGUUUCAGUUAGCUGAGACAGAGACAUUUAUUCAAAGCCUUGUAACUAACUGCACAUGUGCGUAAAAAAAAUGUGUUUAUUGCAGGAAAUGUCAUGACUGGUUUUAUUUUCAGUGUGUGGUACUGUAACAAUCCAACUGUUUUUCUAGUGUAUUUUUAAGUUUUGCUGCAGCCAAAGUUGUUAGAUAUAGAAUUACUUCAUAAUACGCUGAAAUUACCAUGAUAAUUGCAAGGAAUAGCAAUAUUUAUUUUGUUUAUAAAUUUAUUUUGAAUUAAAUGAUGAAAAUUGUUAUUACUCCUUUCUUGACUUUAAACUUUAAGUGAUACUUAUUUCUCUGAAUAGUAUGUUUCUCUACCUGCUUUGACUAUAUAUUUUGAAGAAAAGUAAGAUCUAAAUUUAUGGAAUGUAUAUUUUAAAUAAUUAUUUUCUGUUAAGCCAGCUAAUGCAUAUACUGUUAAAUAGAGAUGUGGUACAGUAAGUUCUUUAAAGGAAAAUAUUGUACGUAGUAUUUUGAAGUUUGUUGCAGAAUUAGUUAUGUACUAGAAGUUAAAAUGUUUUUUUCUGAAAUGUUUUAAGCUUUAACUGCUCUCUCUUUUUGUAUUGUUACUGAACAUAAACUCAGGUAAACUGACUGAUUUACUCUCAUAUGAAUAUAUUCAUACAUAAUUUUUUUUUCUCAGUGUAACAUCUUUGAUGAUAAAAUCAUAAUUAUAGACAUAUCAUUUUCUGAUGUCAGACAAUAGUCCUGAAUUAAGUUCAGGAAAAAUUUUAUUGCAUGUACUAAAAUUGUUGCAGUAGGCAUUUAGAAGACUCGUAUAAAUUUCCUAAACGAAUAGUCCUGAAUUAAGUUCAGGAAAAAUUUUAUUGCAUGUUCUAAAAUUGUUGCAGUAGGCAUUUAGAAGACUCGUGUAAAUGUCUUAAACGAUAUCCAAAUACAGUGAAAUGUCUUUAAUCCAUCAUUUUAUGAUUCAGCACAUUCGGUUGUCCGUCACCAACCAAGCGUACACAUUAGGUAUGUGCCAAUCAAAUCCUUAGUACUCAAAGGAAUUUAUAUUCGAGGAAAAAGUUUGAAGAAAAAUACUAGAUGAAAUAAAUAAAUAAAAUUUAAAAAAAUUCAGCAUUGAUAACAUCUGGAGUUUACUAUGUCAAUUUUUUUUUCUUCAUACCAUCCCCCAAGAUAUUGUACUUCAACAUGUACAGUAGACCCCUGAUUAUCUGGGUGCGGAUUAACCGGUUUGUGGGUUAACCAAAAUAUUUGACUAUUUUUUAUUUUUGUAAUCUAUUGAUGUGACUGAGCAUUUUAUGCUGUUCUUCUCGACGAAUAAUGCUGCCAAACAUAGUACAAUGCAUAGUUGGUAAGUGUUAGUGUGCAUCAUGAACUUUGAAACUGCUAGAGAAAAUUAUAAACGCAACCCUGUAAGCUGACCUCGCUUGUGUUCCAUGCAACCUUGUGAACCGCGCUCAGGUUAGCGCUGCCACGGCGAUUCUGCUCGAUGACUCAUGGGAGCGAUAACUGGCCUGCGUUAUGUUUAGGCAGCAUUAGAAAUUAUCAGUCAGUCAACCUAUUCACGUCCUUCAUGGGCUGUUUAUUUAUUCCCGACAACGCUCGAGUGUUCGGCCAACGUUUGCAUUCCGCCGUCCUGCGAGUCAGCAGCGGAUCUGGUGAGAAAAGCCAGAAACUGUCGGGGUUAGUUUACCUCACCUGCCAGGCUGCGCUGGUGGCAUACCAAGGCAUAAACACAUUUGGUAGACUACAGAGUCGGGAAUAACGUUGACAGGUUAAAUUAUCUUUCUAAUAACAGAAAACUCUUAAGUUUAUGUUUUUUUAAAAUCUUAUUAGAAUUUCUAUAUUAACAAAAUUAUUAUUUUGUAACCCAGAAAUGUUGUAGCACCUACUAAGGAAUGUUAUGCUCAAGCCGUAUUAUGUAAACAAUGUGUUUCGUGAAUUUUUUAAAUUUAGGUUCAAUCUUUUUUAUAAUUUAAAUGUAAGUUGUUUAAUCACAGUUUUUCAUUAGCAUUCUGUUUUCCUGGAACGAAUUUGGGUGUUACUACAAGGGCCGGUUGUUUGUCUCGACAGUCUGAAUAAAAAAUUUUAUUAAACCUUUUUUUCACCAAACAUUGCUUUAACCGUGUUUUUCAAUGCCAGUGAUUACCCCAGAUAAUCGGGAGUCUACUGUAAUUAUAUUAUAAAAAGAAUUAAAAUAUGUAUUGAUACUGGAAACUUGGUUUGUGAAACAAACAUUUAAAGGGUUGAAUGUAUCAACAUCAUUGUUAAUAUUUUUUCACUUAUUGUACAUUAUUUAUUUUUGAACCUUGAGACAUAGGUUCAGUUGUGAGGGGUAUAUUAGAGGUACUCCAGGAUUUGGAUUCGAGAUUCAAAUUAGAGAAAAUUGAGAUUUGGCCCAUUCCUAGUAUAGAUUUUUUUAUUGAUGAAUUACGGCUGUUGAACUUGGUAGCAAGGUCGCAUUACUUUGCUGCCUGAAUUUUUAGUUUGCCCAGAGUUUCCUGUUUUCAAGUGGGUUACAUUUCACAUUUCAUGGGUACAUUUCUGUAAUGAUUUUUUGAAGGCCACUGAUCAUCUGUGUUAUUUCUUUCUACAGAGGGCAGCCUAUUAACUUAUAACUUGGUUCUUAAAAAAAACCAAUUGUAAUGUAUAUUAAUAUUUUUUGGUAUUCCUGUAAAACUAGUGAUGUUCUGUAAUCCAGCUACAUCAUUAACCUGGUACCUAUCACUGUGUUCUGGAACGUGUCUUAUUGAAGACGUUUCACUGUAGGUGAUCUUGGUGAGGUUUUAAUGUUCCAGUAAUACAAACCGAACAUUCAGUGACAGAAGGUGUGAGAGCUAAGUUCACAAAUAGUUUGUUAUUUGGUAAAAAAGGUAACUUUUUUAGAGGGCAAAAAUCAAAGGAAGCAAAAGCAAUAACUACUGUUUGGAAAUAUUAAGAAGUAAAUUAAUAUUUGCAAAAUUUGAUUUUAUAUGGCAUGUUCGUACUGAAUUUUUUUUUUUUUUUUAAUGUCUAAAGUAACUGAAAAGUGGCUACAUCAAAUAGACUUCAUUUAACUUUUUUUGCAGUUUGAAAUACUGUACUUUUGAAAUGUUUUUCAUAAACAGUUUUCCUGCAUCGUUGAUAGCUGACAAAAUAGGUUUUUAGUAACACCUUUCAUUUAAACUCUAAUGUUGUUUUAACAUUCCAGAAGUGUGUGUUGUACGAGAUGUCACCUACUUGAACACUUAAGGGGCCCGUCUACCCAGGCAAAUAUACAGUACGCAGAGCUACAGAAGAAACCACGCAAUUUGAAAACUGCUCAAGAUACCAGAGUGGUGUCAAUUUAAGAAAAGUAUUUGAAAAUGCACUGAAAGCAGACAGGUAGUUAUGUUUCCGUAUUUUGUUUUGAAACUGUACAUUUUAGGAAAGUACAAAUGGCUGAUAGGUGUGAUUUCAGAGUAAAUUGUAGAAGUGAAACGCCCGGUAAUGAUUGUAAUUUCUCCGCUGUAUAAUGCUGUGAUCACCGCUCAAAUUUCAUAGUUGUCCUAUGCUAGAAGCACCAGCGAGCGUAGCGCUUAUCAUCCCGUCUCGCUAUCACAGGUACACCCCUGACUAGGCGGGCCCCUUAAGGAAAAGAAAAUUUAUCUGAAAUUGUUAACAGCUGUACCAAGCAGUUGGUGAGACAAGACUGUGUAAUGGUCGAUGAAAAGAGGAAUAACAGUUUUAUUAAUAUUGCAGGAUUCAUGCAAUGUAUUUGUUAACCAUUGUUUAGGGAGUAUGUUGCAUUAAAAUUCGUAUUUUAUAGCUGAUGAUGUUUAUGAACAUGCAUGUGAACACCUGUGUGAUGCCGUUUUAUAGGCUAGUGGACAAUCAUAUUUCCUACUUUCUGUGUGUAGAUUUGUCAGUUAUUGAUUUUGUAUUUGUACAUACAUCAAAUUAUUAGUGUCGUCAUCAUGUUGUAUACUUCCCAUUGGUUUGGUUGAGUUAUUGAAAAUUUUCAUAUGAUUCAUGUAUAGUACUGUAUAAAUUGAAUUUGUAUUUAUAUGAUUAAGUAAUACUGGGUUGUGAUCUGUGAUUAGUGCAGUAAUGUGAUUUAAGCUAGUGUUGUAAUGUAAUUAAUGCUCACAAACAUGUUUAGUAUGUUUAUAGAUAAUAAUAUUAAAACCUUGCAACCUCCAUACUCUAGAGGGAGAUAGAAUUGAGGGGCACUAUAUUUGAAGGAAAAAAAUUUUGAAAAUAAGUAUUUUUCUUUUUUAAAUAAUUUGAUUAGGUCAAUGGAUUUAUUUAAAAAAACUAUUUUAAUAAACUAUUAUGUUCAUUAUGUCUGGUUUACUUAGAUUCAUUAUGUUUUUAUCUUAUCAAUAUGAUUACAUUAUUUGUGAUAUGAAGAGUAAGACUCCUUUCUUGAUAUCUUAAUUUUUUACUAUUUGAGCAUUUUCAAAUAUUUUAAUUCUUUAUGCAAGGUCCACUAUUUUUAAACCUAUUAAUUACAGGUUGUGUUAUUUUUCUUAUUUAGCAAGCCAUUUGAUUCUUGUUUUAGAUUAAUUGCAAGGCCUUUAUGUUGCUCCGCUUGGUAAAUACUUUUGAAAUUUCAGAUGUUGUUGUUAUGUCUUUUGCAGUUAGUCAUUUUCAGUAAUACAGGAUGUCUACAGGUCACGAAAGUCACGAAACUAUAAUGGAACUGAAGGACUGGUAAUAGAAGUCACAAAAUAAACAAUAAAGGCGCAGUGACAGGUGAACAGGUUUAAGUAUUAAACAUAUUUACAAAUGCAUAAGUGUAUGGUCACACAGCAGGUGGUAUAAAGUAUGUUUGAACUCCAAAACCGUCUACUAUCGUCAAAUGAAUGUGUUGCGGAUCCUAUUUAUUUGAGCAAGUGUACCUCUAGGAAAUAAUUACGUCAGCAUAUUUUUUUUUUUUUUUUUUUUGCAGUUGCUAAAAUAUUACACGAACUUGUGCCAGGAACAUUCUCCAUCAUGCAUUUUUCGCAAAGGACUUUUUAUACUCUCCAACACUCAAGAGUCAGUCAGAGGCUUGUGUAGAAGAGAUGUCGUUCUGAACUACUUUGCCAAACUGUUUAGGAUGAAUGAGAAAGGGUCUCAAUCGAAACAUGUUCAGACUGUGUAACCGCAAGCAUAAGUUGAACAUGUGUAACCGUCCCAUAACGGUGCUGGAAGUCACGAAAUUUCUAUUUCCAGCAGGAAUUUGCUAACUUGCAUGUUAUUUUAUGCUUCAUUUUAAUUUAUAGUUGCACAUUUAAUUUAAAUAGUUGGAGAGACUGUCGAUUUAAAUCAUUUGAAAAUAUAUAUGAAAGUUUUUUAUCUUUAUAACAAAAAUUACCUUGUUCAAAUGAAAAGAUCAGUAUAUUAACUAAGUUUAACUUUGCAUAUGUAUAAACAUGACCCUAGAUUUAAAAAAAAAAAGCCUAAAAAAAUUAUUAAAAGGUUUUAAAAAAGUCCUGAAAUUGGAUCACCACAUAUUUGUAGACAUCCUGUCAAACCAUAUCAUAUGUUAUUGUAUUUACUAUUUUUUGUGAAAUUAAUUUCUUCCCCUUAUUGUAUGAAGUUCAACUGUGUACAAAACCCUAGUGCAAUCAUGAUGUGUGUGUAUUAUAAGAAACACUAACUAUAUCUCAUAAUAAAAAAAAAUGUUCCUAAAUAAUACCAUAGCAUAGCCUUAAAGUUGAAUGUAGAGGAUUUCAACUUAUUUUUGUCUUGUAAGGAUACAUUUAACCAGAGACGCUCUUAACAACUUUACUCAAAGUCAAACAGUAAAAUUUCACUGUGUUCAGUUAAUAACAAGUGUGGGAUUGUUUUUACAUCGUCAUACCCUGUCUGGAAAGAAAUAUUUAUCCAUUUGGAAUUACUUCAGUUUAGUGCUUAAUUAAAUCAAAAUAUUGGUUACUGAAAAUAAUACAUGUAUACAAAAAAAAAUUGGUAAUCUUAAAUUUAGACUGCAGUAAACAUAGCUUUUUCAAAUAUUGUCUUUCAAAACAUUUAAGGUGUAAGGAGAGAAAAAUCCAUUUAAGCAUAGCAUAUAAAUUGGUUAUAAUGUGCUAUGUACAUUUAAUAUAGCACAUAGUAUGGAGAUGUUAUGUUUACAUAAUGGUACUUUUUUUUAUAUCAGUCAUAUUACCUAAAUAAAUCCUAAUGCUUUGUUGGAUUUACAUAAGCAUUCUUUUUUUUUUUAAUCUUGCCAAAAAUGAUUAUACAUCCAAUGUUUAAAAAAAAAUAGACAGUGGAGGAAGUUAUCUUAAUCAUACUGGAAUGCUGUACUUCAGUUAAAAGCCAAAGUGUGUAUAAUAAAAAUUUUGAAACUUCCCACCCCAUGUUCUUCAGAGUUAUAGCCAAAAAAAAAAAAUCUCAUCAGCUUAAUUCCAAAGCACUAUAAAUGUAGUGAAAUUACCUUAAGUGAAUUGCAGCUCAGAUUCUUCAAUUAAGUGUGGUUAAUAUUUAAUUUGUUUAAGCUCUGAACAUGCCGUGGAAAUACUUCUUUCACGCUGGCACAUAUCUUGUAAAUCUAAGGUUUUUUUUUUUUUUUUUUUUUUUGGAAGUAUGACAAUGAUUCACAAUGGAUAAUCUUCGUUGCAUUUGGAGUUUCGUCCAGUCCGAUUCCAUAAACAUUCUAAACUAACCAUACUGUUCAGUGGUGAAAAUGUCUGAAGUUAGCAGCUUAGUCAUACUAUAAUAUGUAUUUUAAUAGGAUGAAAACCAUUGUACAUUGUUUGUGUGUUUGCAGUAGCUAUGUACUAAAUUGUACACUGUAGAGGACAUUAUUAUUAUUAUUAUUAUUAUUUGUGAUUUUAAGUAGUGAACUCCUGAGCACUUGGAAGAUUUAUGAAAUGUAAAAUAGUUUGUCCAUAUAGGGUUUGAUGCAAAUGAUAAUGAAAUGAUUAAUUUUCAUUAUUAGUUUAUUUAUUUCAAUGUUUUCCUGUGUCCAUAAAAGGCUUUAAAACCAUGAAUUAUUCGUCAAACGAACUAAGUGACGGGACAAUAAAAACGUUGGACUGUCGUUUGGACCAUGUUCUAAUCCUGGUUCAUCCAUCCUGACUUAAGUUUUUCAUAGUUCUCCUAAAUCGUGUUGUACUUCUGCAUAUGCUUUUCAUGAAUUUUUGUUUCUCUCAGUGUUUUGUUUAUAAUUAGUAUCAGUUUGAUGGAAAAGAUCCAUUUUUGUGGAUUACAUCAAUGAAAUAAUAUAGAAGGCUAACUAUUGACUGAUCUGUGUAGCCUCACCAUUACAAUGACUUGCACUACAAUGACAAUUGACAAUUGUCUGUAUCUAUAGCAUGUCUCAUAGCUUGCAGUGUGCAAUUUAAUGGACACAUACUCUAUUUCCAAUGCACAAUUUAUGCCAUUAGCACUGUUCUUAUUUCUGUGUUCUCUGUUGCUAGAUGUACCCCAUACAGCACAAAAGUUUUGGUUUGGUAUUCCAACACACAAAAAUAAGUUUAGGUGUUGAAUAUGCUACACCUGUACCCUAACUGUAUUACUAGUGCACGACAAUACAUGGUUAGUCCCUUAUUUUUUAGGAAACAGAUUUUGGUGUUUUAUCCAUGCCAACCUUUUGCCCAAAUUCCGCGCCUGCGCAGAGCUCACUUUUUUGGUGAUUUCGUCCAGUUGGCGGAACCCCUUCUGGCGCUGUUAACUCAUACAUAGUCCUUUUUACGAUCAUCAGGGGACGUACCAAGCAUGUUAGUGUACCGAAUGAAACUUUAUGAUAGCGAAACUAUUCUGGAAUACAUUUAGGUAAUAGUAGUAAGUAGACUCUAAUUGAGCAUAACAAUAAAUAAUCGCAACUUUAAAAUGUACUCCAGAAAAUUAUAUAGAAGGUGUUGAAACAAACCAGUUUAUAGCCUCGCACAGGGAAACGUUUAUUAAAAAGGUUCCAAUUGGUUUCCGUUCUGGAAUAUGGCCUGCGAGUUAGGUUACGGGUGUAUCCCAACAAGGCAGUGCUUAAUCGCUGCCUUACCCGAACAUCUUGAAAUACCAUCCUUAGAAACAACUUUAUAUUGUAAUGAAAAUAAAGAAAUUUUGUAAUGAGAAUUUUGGAAAAAGGUUUUUUUUUCCAUCAAAGAGUAUUAUCUGAUAAUAUUCAAUGUUUACUUCUAAAGUGCCGUAACAGAAAGACAUCUUGGUUUCACCCGCUUCCAUCAACAGAUUUUUUUUCCGUAAUUUAAAACUAGAAAUUUUGGCUCUGUUUGAGUAUAGCACAUAAUUAAUGAUAUGUCUAAUUAUUAAUAGGGAUGAACUGCUACAACUAGUUUUUCCUGUGAAAUAAUCAUCUGUGCUUAGAAUACAAUAUUUUUUUCUUUCAGAAUGACGAGGCUACACCUGUAAUAAUACUGCCAAUAGACAUAAUUUUAUGGUAUUAAAAGAAUUAACAAAUAGUAAAUUUUAUAAAAUCUGGCAA